AUGGCCUCGCUGCUCCAAGGUUCAGCCUUUGUGACCGGCGCCGCCUCCGGUCUCGGUGAGCAUACAGCCUAUGCUUUUGCCAGGCAUGGCGUCUCCCAGCUGGCAAUCACAGACAUCAACCUGGACGGCCUGAACAGGGUGGCUGCCAGCAUUCAGAAGGAAUGGCCCAACGUCGAGGUUUUGGCGCUGCAGAUGGACGUGCGCAAGGGUGAAGAAGUCAAAGCGGUCUUGUCCCAGAUUGUCGCCCAGUUUGGCCGAUUAGACAUCGCCGUCAACAAUGCCGGUGUGGCCGGCAAGUCGGCGCAGAUACACGAGCUGGAUGAGGCGGACUGGGAGCGAGUGCUGGGCGUCAACCUGCACGGCGUCCAUUGGUGCCAGAAGGAGGAGCUCGGCAUCAUGGUGAAGCAAGAAGAUCUCGGCCCACGACGAGGGCGAGGCACCAUCAUCAACGUAUCAUCCAUGUAUGGCACCAUUGGGCCGCUGUCGCCCAUCCAUGCCACGGCAUAUUCUACUGCCAAGCACGCCGUCAUGGGAAUGACCAAAGCUGACGCUGCCUCCUACGCCGGCUCCAACAUCCGCAUCAACGCCAUCUGCCCCGGCUUCAUCAAGACGCCCAUGGUCAAUGACGGCGUUGGUGCCAAGAAUCAAGCUCAUCCGCUAUAUCACCAUGCCCAGAAAACGCCGUUGCGACGACUGGGCCUGCCUGAGGAGAUUGCAGAUAGCAUCGUGUUUCUGGCGUCGCCAAUGAGCAGCUAUGUUAAUGGCUUUGGGCUGGUGGCUGACGGUGGAUAUAGCUGCUGUUAA